AUGGUGUUCAGGCCGAGGGACUUCGCGGACACGACGGCGGGCGGCGCGCUGGAGCAGCUGGUGACGAUAAACACCGACGUCUUCAUGCGCCUGGACUCCGUCACUCUCAAGAGCACCGACGCCGUUCGCUCUUUCUCCCUCGAGCAGCGGCGCUGCCUCUUCGAGUCGGAGGUGGCGGACUUCUACGGCUACUACAGCUACCCCGAGUGCCUGACGGACUGCCGCGCGUGGUCCAUCCGCGCGCUGUGCGGCUGCCUCAGCUUCUUCAUCCCCAAGCGCGGUGCCUUCCCGGACUGCGGCCCGCGCGACGUGGCGUGUAUGGGCCGCUACACCAGCAAGUGGCACUCGCUGCGCCCGCCCGCCAUCUUGCCCGGACUCAAG